UAUUCCCACAAGUUCUUUAUUCUUCACGUGGUAUCAGAGCUAAAGAUGGCCAACGCCAAUGGAAAUCCUGGAAAACUUAAUUUCACCAGCUCACCUCUCAAUCAAUUACUCAAUCAAGUCACAACCACCAAGCUAGAUCGAAGCAACCUUCUACUUUGGAAACAUCUUGCUCUUCCAAUCUUGAGAGGGUACAAAAUUGAAGGAUACAUGCUGGGCCACAUACCAUGUCCUUCGAUGUAUGUAAGUCGACCUACUGUCAGUUCUACGACACAAUCAACUGUCGAGACGACUGCCGAGAUGGCAAGCUCCCAAACCAUGGCAAGCAGCUCCAUGAGUACCCCAACUGAAGAAGUCGUUAAUCCUGGCUUUGAAGCCUGGUUAGUCGUUGACCAACUACUCCUUGGGUGGAUGUAUAAUUCUAUGACGCUGGAAAUAGCCACUAAACUGAUGGGAUUCGAGCAUUCUAAAGAUCUGUGGGAUGCAAUCCAAGAACUAUUUGGUAUUCAGUCCAGAGCUGAAGAAGAUUAUCUUCGCCAAACCUUUCAACAAACUCGAAAAGAAAUUUGAUGCUGCAACUGGAGAUAUAACAAUAUUAGCAAAUAGAUCUUUGUUGGUAGACUUCACUGUGCCAUUCACCCAAGCUGGAAUUUCUUUGGUGGUUCCUGUAAGACGUGACAUGGGUUUGGAGAACCGUUCGAUCUUCUUUGUCAAGCCCUUGAGUUGGGACCUCUGGCUUGCAAUUUAUGGGUUUUUUUCUUUCUAUGAGUACCGUCGUUUGGAUUCUGGAACACCGAGACAACGAACAAUUUCAUGGUUCUGCAUCAAAACAGUUCUAGACCAGUAUUUGGAUCUCCUUCCGCAUCACCUUUUUUGCACAAGUGGAGACAUUGAAGAGCAGUCAAGCAAAGACGGUGGUAGCGAUAUGGUUACUUGUGGCGUUCUUCCUAAUUCAAGGCUAUACAGCGAAUUUAGCGUCAUGGUUCACAGUACAACAACUUCAACCAAUCACUGAUAUAAAUCAGAUAAUAAAAAACGGAUGGAAUGUUGGUUAUCAAAAUGGCUCAUAUGUUUUCCAGAAAUUGGAAUUUUUGGGCAUUAAGAAUGUGGUACCCUAUGCUUCAUUAGAGCAACUAUAUGAACUCUUCCAAAAAGGAAGUCGCAAUGGCAGCAUCGAUGCUGCCAUUGAUGAAAUUCCUUAUGAGAAGCUUCUUCUUUCAACGUAUCCCGAUAACUAUACCAUGGGUAAUUAGCAAUACAAUAACAGCGGAUUCGGAUUUGUAAGUUUUUUUCUCCCCAAUGCAUCUCUCUUCUAAUUAUUUUGAUUUCUACGUGGUAUUCGUUGGACUUGGUGAAUUUCCAAUAUUACCUAUCACAAGUACUCAAUAGUCAUUUGAUCUUCAAUAUAACUUUAGGCCCAAUAUUUAAUAACACUUAGGCUCAAGAUUGACAUAGAUGAUCUUUACCACACAAUAAUAGAAUAAUAGAAAUGUAUACCACCUGAUACUAUUGAGUCACCAACGGUGUUGUGGCAGCUCUGAGGGAUCUCUUUACAGCCUCGAUCUUAGUUACUUUUGGAUGUUAUUCCUCAUGGCUUGUUCUACACAGCUUUGUCGUCUAUCAUUACAUACAUAAUAUGUUUCUUUAAUGAAAACAUACAGUUGCUCUUUCAUGAGCUCAGAGUCUACCGUUUAUGGGAAAGAAUCAUUGCCACCAUCAUGGAUUUUCUCAAGAACCAGAUAGCAGUAUUCGUCUCGGAUCAAUCUAGAUGAUCAUGACCCAACUUUGGCAACAACCAACCAAAUUGGCUUGCUACAUAGCCACCAGUUUUACACGCUGUAAUCAAGUGUUGUCCUACCAAUUUACACCCAUAAUUAAUUAUGAGGAUGUCGUAUUUGUUAAAGUUUUAAGAACUUAUCCAUUUAAAUUUUAAAC